AUGCAUCGACUUUUUGCUGAGCACGAGCCAUCUGUAACCGUCACCGAGCAAAACCUGCCAGACCGAGUUCGGUAUAUCUUGCGCUCAAAUACAUUUGAUGUCACCGAACUCGAACGGCUACGACGUGAGGCUGUUCCUUCAUCGGGUGAAAAUGCUGCGGCUGAGGAUGCGGCGCCGCAACUUGCUGAGCAAACGGCAAAUGUGGAUGCCGCCGUGAAUACGCCAGUUGUGGUUGAUUCAAACGAUGACGGAACAGUCGCCCAGGAACUGGAACUAGAGAUUUAG